AUGAACAAUACUACAACUCUCAUCCCCUCUGACCAAAUAGUCAUUGCCACCAAGGGCAAUCACAUCACAGCUGCAGAUAUCUCUCGUGCACUGUUUUAUGCCAAUUCCCGGAUGCUGGCCAUGCGCCUGCAUGUUGACAAGAGUUUUUCCCUGGCCAUGCCUGGUUAUGCAGAGGCUUUCUACACCCUGAUGAAAUGGGAGAUGGAGACCUUUGUAACGCCUUUCAUUAACAUAUGUUUUAUUACCCGGUUGUCCGCUACUAUUCCUCAACUUCUCAAGGAUGUGCUCUCCACCAUGACCGCACACAAUUUGGUGGACCGGCGACCGGAUGUUAAUGCCAUUUUGCAGGAUAUCCAUGCAUUGCGCAUUUCUGCUGAUUCAAUCAAAUCAGAUGACUAUGAUAUUGCUCAUAUGCCGGACUACUUCAAUGACUGGUGGAAGGAGCCACUUGGUUGUUGCAGGGUUUCAGAUAUGUUGCCCAAGUCAUCUGUCCAAGAUGUUAUGGAUUUGGUUACAUGGCACUUUUCACACCUGCCUGAUCAUGUGAGGACCGGCCUUCUCCCAUAUAUUGUACAAGGUCCGGAUAAUCUGCCGGAGACAAUUGGUUUGUGCCACCGGACACAAAUUGGGAGGGAGUUGCUGGACAUGUUGCAGCUAAGGAUGGUGAAUCUUAGGCGUUCAAGUGACCGGUUGACCAGCUUGGUUGGGCCGAUUGAUGAAAUCACCCAGGCUGUAUCAUCCUCACAGGCACUCAUUGACAGGUUAAAUACAGAUGACAGUGCCUCCAUGUAG